AUGGACAUGGCCACGCGCGUCACGGCAGCAACCUUCCUCCCCGUCCUCUCGUUGCUGAUCCGGCUGCGCACAGGCACCUGCGCCGACGACUACUCGGCGUUCGUGUACGCGGGGUGCUCGCAGGGCCGCUACAGCGCCGAUUCCCAGUACGCGUCGGGGGUGGACUCCGUGCUCACCUCGGUCGCUAACAGCGCGCCGUACGCCCCCUACGACAACUUCACCGCGCCGACCGACUCGUCCGUGGUCGGCCUCUACCAGUGCCGCUCCGACCUCCCGGCCUCUGUCUGCAGCGGCUGCGUCCGCUCCGCCAUCUCCAGGCUCUCCUCGCUCUGCGCCUGGGCGGUCGGCGGCACGGUGCAGCUGCGGGCCUGCUUCGUGCGCUACGGGAACGACUCGUUCCUGGGGAAGCAGGACACGGCGGUGCUGUUCAAGAAGUGCGGCGGCACGCCCGGGGACACCGGCGGGGUGGCCAUGAGAGACUCGGCGCUCGGCGCGCUGGUGGCCGCGGCGGCUCCGGCGGGCGGAGGGUACCGCGCCGGAGGGUCCGGCGCCGUGCAGGCCAUGUCGCAGUGCGUGGGGGACCUCGGCGCCAAGUCCUGCUCCGACUGCGUCUCGGCCGCGGCCGCACAGCUCAAGGCCGGGUGCGGUUACGCCACGGCCGGCGAGGUCUACCUCGGCAAAUGCUACGCGCGCUUCUGGGCCAACGGCAGCGGAGGUUUCAGCAGCAGCGCCGGUCGGCAUGGAUUUGAUCUAGUCCACGUGGUCGCCGCCGGUUUCUUCGCUUCCUUGGCUUACGUCUCACUUGCCAUAUAG